GCGGCUGCGGGGGUGGCGGGGCCGCGCGGCCGGGGCGAACGGGGCAGGUCCUGCAGCGGCUCGCUCAGGCCGUGGGUCGUCGCUGCAGCUACCUGGAAAGGAGGAAACGACGACUCCGGGGGCGAACUUGGCAGAGCAGGGAGGAAGGGAAGGGAUCUUGGAAACACCCGGCGUGCCCCUUCUCGAGUUUCUCUCGGCUCUUGUCUGUUGAUUCGUAGCUUGAAAUGCACGGCCAUGGAGGCUAUGACUCUGACUUUAGUGAUGAUGAACACUGUGGAGAAUCAAACAAAAGGAAAAGAAGGACAUUUGAAGAUGAUUUACUGCUCAAAAAACCAUUUCAGAAAGAAAAACAUGGAAAGGUGGCCCAUAAACAAGUUGCAGCAGAAUUGCUGGAUAGGGAAGAAGCAAGAAAUAGAAGGUUUCAUCUCAUAGCUAUGGAUGCUUAUCAAAGACAUACAAAGUUUGUAAAUGACUAUAUUUUAUACUAUGGUGGCAAAAAAGAAGAUUUCAGGCGUUUGGGGGAAAAUGACAAGACAGACUUGGAUGUUAUACGAGAAAAUCAUAGAUUCCUGUGGAAUGAGGAGGAUGAAAUGGACAUGACUUGGGAAAAGAGACUUGCUAAGAAAUACUACGAUAAGUUAUUCAAGGAAUACUGCAUAGCAGAUCUCAGUAGAUACAAAGAAAAUAAGUUUGGAUUUAGGUGGCGAGUAGAAAAAGAAGUAAUUUCAGGAAAAGGUCAAUUUUUCUGUGGAAAUAAACGUUGUGAUGAAAAAGAGGGCUUAAAGAGUUGGGAAGUUAAUUUUGGUUAUAUUGAGCAUGGUGAAAAGAGAAAUGCGCUUGUUAAAUUAAGGUUAUGCCAAGAAUGUUCCUUUAAAUUAAAUUUUCAUCACAGGAGAAAAGAAAUCAAAUCCAAAAAAAGAAAGGAUAAAAGCAAAAAAGGUGGUGAAGAGUCAUCACAUAAAAAAUCCAGAUUAUCUUCUACAGAAGAGGCCCCCCAAAAAAAGGAUAAAGGAAACUCUGAUGAGGAAGAAAGUGCUUCAGAAUCUGAACUUUGGAAGGGUCCACUACCAGAGACAGAUGAAAAAUCACAGGAAGAAGAAUUUGAUGAGUAUUUUCAGGAUUUGUUUCUGUGAGAUAGAAGAGAGAAGUUGACAUUCUUUAAUGUGAAAGUACAUUUUGACACUUCAUUAAAAUUUUGUCUACAACCUGCA